AGUUUAUUGGUUUGGUUUGGGUUUUGUGUACCUAUUUGUGAAAUAAUAAUGAAAGUAGACUAAGAAUUAAUUAUAUUUAUCACCUUCUAAAUAAAUAGUACUAUGGUGAGAGGCGGACGUGACCGUGAUCGCGAUAGGGAGAGAGACCGGGAGCGGCGCCGGUCGCGGAGCAGGUCCGGAUCGGUGGACCGCAAGCGCCGGAGGUCCAGGUCCAGGAGCCGCGACCGGGCAGCCAAGUCUUCCAAGCGGAAACGCAGUCGCAGCCGUGAAAGGGACUCCAAAAGAGACCGCAGCCGAGACCGAGACAGGGACAGGAAAAGUGACAAGCGAGAUGAAAAGAGGAAUGGCGGAAGCAGCAAGUCGAGGAAGAAGUCUCCGGACAAGGACCGGUCCAAGUCGAGGGAGCGUAUGACCAAGAACAAUGACAGCGGAGAAUAUGACCCAGGAGUGGUUGAUAAAGAAGAGGAGCAGUCCCGGCUAGAGCUAGAGAUGCAGAAGCGCCGCGAUCGCAUUGAGCGGUGGCGCGCCGAGCGGAAACGGAAGGAGAUCGAGACGGCCAAGAAGGAGGUGCAGAAAGGAAGCCUGGUCAACAUACAGGUGCCCAUCAAGAAGUGGUCGCUGGAGGAUGAUUCCGGCGAUGAAGGUGAAGAAGGAGAGGGUAAAGAGAAGCACCCCCCUCCGCCCGUUGUUGAAGAGAAAGUGGAAGAGGAGAUAGACCCGCUCGACGCCUACAUGCAGGAGGUGCAACAGGAGGUGCGUAAAGUGAAUCAAAUAGACCAGGCGCGGGGGGUCAUCAACCUGCCCAACUCCACGGGGGUGCCGGGCGUGGUCAUCCUGAGUGGACCUUCCAAGAAGAAGGUCACGGAACAGAAGAAUAAGGGCGAGCUGAUCGAACAGAACCAGGACGGUCUAGAAUAUUCCUCCGAAGAGGAGACAGAGGACAUCAAGGACGCGGCGGCGAACCUCGCCUCCAAGCAGAGGAAGGACCUGGCCAAGGUCGACCACGCCAGCCUCACAUACAUGCCGUUCAGGAAGAACUUUUAUACCGAGGUCAGUGAACUAUCAAGAAUGACUCCAGAAGAAGUGGAAGCUUACAGGACGGAGCUGGAAGGGAUCCGUGUGAAAGGGAAGGGAUGUCCCAAACCCAUCAAGAGUUGGGCUCACUGCGGCAUUAGUAAGAAAGAGAUGGAUAUACUGAAGAAACUUUGCUUCGAAAAACCUACCCCUAUACAGGCGCAAGCUAUUCCCGCUAUUAUGUCUGGGAGAGACCUAAUCGGCAUAGCGAAAACCGGUUCCGGCAAGACGCUCGCCUUCAUCCUGCCCAUGUUCCGUCACGUGCUGGACCAGCCCUCGCUGGAGGAGGGCGACGGGCCGGUGUCCCUCAUCAUGACGCCCACGAGGGAGCUGUGCAUGCAGAUAGGGAAGGACAUCAGGAGGUUCGCCAAGUCGCUCGGGCUGAGGGUGGUUUGUGUCUAUGAUGGCACGGGCAUUUCUGAACAGAUAGCGGAACUGAAACGGGGUGCAGAAAUAAUAGUGUGCACGCCGGGCCGCAUGAUCGACAUGCUGGCGGCCAACUCGGGCCGGGUCACCAACCUGCGCCGCGUCACUUACACCGUACUGGAUGAAGCCGACCGGAUGUUCGACAUGGGGUUUGAGCCACAGGUGAUGAAGAUAAUCGACAACGUGCGACCGGACCGGCAGACGGUGAUGUUCAGCGCCACGUUCCCGAGACAGAUGGAGGCGCUGGCUAGGCGGAUACUGCAGAAACCCAUCGAGAUACAGGUGGGCGGUCGCAGCAUAGUCUGCAAAGACGUGGAGCAACACGUGGCAGUCCUAGAGGAGGACGCCAAGUUCUUCAAGCUUCUGGAGCUGCUGGGCCUCUACAGCCAUCUCGGCAGCAUCAUCGUGUUCGUGGACAAGCAGGAGAACGCCGACAGUCUGCUGAAGGACUUAAUGAAGGCUUCUUACUCGUGCAUGAGUCUACACGGAGGGAUUGAUCAAUUCGACAGGGACUCCACGAUCACGGACUUCAAGUCUGGCAAGGUGAAGCUGUUGGUGGCCACAAGCGUCGCCGCCAGAGGGUUGGAUGUGAAGCAAUUGGUGUUGGUGGUCAAUUACGAUUGCCCCAACCAUUAUGAGGAUUAUGUGCAUCGCUGCGGCCGCACCGGGCGCGCGGGCAACAAGGGUUACGCAUGGACCUUCCUCACGCCGGAACAGGGGCGGUACGCGGGCGACGUGCUACGGGCCGUGGAGCUGGCGGGCGCGGCGCCCCCCGCCGAGCUGCGCGCGCUGUGGGACCAGUACAAGCAGCGCCAGGAGCAGGACGGGAACAAGGUGCACACGGGCGGCGGGUUCAGCGGGAAAGGGUUCAAAUUCGACGAGUCGGAAGCGCAGGCGGCGACAGAGAAGAAGAAGUACCAGAAGGCGGCACUCGGGCUCCAGGACUCUGAUGAUGAAGACGUGGAGGGAGACCUCGACCAGCAGAUCGAGGUCAUGCUGGCUGCCAAGAAGAUUGUCAAGGAAAUCAAGCCGGGCGCGGGCGCGGUGGGCGCGGCGCCGGCGGGCGCGGCGGCGCCAGCGCAGGGGCUCGAUGCCAAGCUCGACCUGGCCAGGCGGCUCGCCUCAAGGAUCAACCUCGCUAAAGGUCUGGGCGCGGAGCAGAAGGGCGCGACGCAGCAAGCGGCGGAGGCCAUCCUGAAGGGGGCGCCCACCGCGCACAACCUCAUCGCUGUCAGCUUUGCGAAGACGGUAGCGGAACAACUAGCGGCCAAGUUGAACACGCGGCUGAACUACCAGCCCCGGGACGAGGCCAACACGGAGCCGCCCGAGGAAGUGUUCCGGAAAUACGAGACCGAGCUGGAGAUCAACGACUUCCCGCAACAAGCCCGCUGGAGGGUCACCAGCAAGGAGGCGCUAGCUCAAAUCAGCGAGUAUUCUGAGGCCGGCAUCACCGUACGAGGCACCUACGUGCCUCCCGGCAAGAACCCUCCCGAGGGAGAGAGGAAACUCUACCUGGCCAUAGAGAGUUCCCAAGAACUGGCCGUGGCUAAGGCCAAGUCGGAAAUCACUCGCCUGAUCAAGGAAGAGCUGCUGAAGCUACAGACGUCAGCGCACCACGUCAUCAACAAAGCUAGAUAUAAGGUCAUUUAAUGUGGACGGUGGGAAUAUAGAUGGCGCUGAUUCGAG